UCUAGUAAUUUACUGUAAAAAGAACUAUGUAAAUUACCUAGGGUAUUUCAUUUACCUAACUUCGAUUUCAAUCUAAGAAUUUUUAUGAUCUCGAUCUGACAACAUUGCUCUCUGGUGUUAAUAAUACGCUAUUAGGUUCGUUUUUGGAGCAAAAUUAAUUGGUAAACCGAUUUCAAAUCAAAGAUUUCCCAGAUAUCUUGCACAUGAUAAUUAAAUUGUAAGUUGUGAAAAAUUGUUAAAGUAAUUUGUAUGAAUCUAUGAUCUAAGUGAUCCUAGGUACUGGUUCGUUAAUCGAAAUCCAGGUGUACAUAACCUACAACGUCAUUCGUUGCUGACCAAACAAUUAAUCGAGGGUUUUUGGGAAAGCUCGGUCUGUUAACAUGGAACAGUGCAAAUACCUAAAAGAAAAUUAUGAAGCUUGUUUUAAUGUUUGGUUCUCUGAAAGAUUUCUUAAAGGUGAAACGGAUGACUCCAUGUGUGCUAAUUUACUGAAAGUUUAUACAAAGUGCGUGGAGAAAGCCAUUAAAGAACAAAACAUCGAGUUAAAAGAUGUAGAAGUUGAUCACCUGGAAACGGACAAAGAGAUUCCACAUAGUUGACAGCAGACAAAUAUUGGCAUUCAGAUGUCAAGAUGGUUACAAAGUCUCAUCUGUGCCCCAUGUGGACCCGCUACUCUGGCACAUCUUGCUUUAUCACAUCCAACACGGAAUGAUAGAAGUACCUGCCACUCACUAAAUGCCUCAUUAAAGUGAUAUGAAAUUUUAACACACUGUUAACUGAUCUCUGUGCUUUUUACAUGUUAUAAAAUAUAUAGAUAUUUGAACACACCCGCAAAAUGCAGUAAAAUGAACUCAAAAGUGAAUUUAGUAGGCACUCAAACCAACGUUACAAAACAAUAUACCACCGUUUGCAUUUAUUCUACCACCACCUUGCUUUGACUUUUGAUUGGAGUUUAUAUUCCUGCAGUGUCAAAGGUGUUAAAUUUAAAAUUCUGCACCCUUUAUAUCGUUUCUUGAAAGAAUGUAAUAUCUGUGAUGUCAUUGCGAAGUACAUAGAAAACGUAUGUAUGGCCCUGUGCAUAUUGCUGCGUAUAUGAAUAACUAUGUCGAAAAUGUAAAUGUUUAAUUGUAUAAAAAUUAGAAUAUCUAUUAAAGUAGAACUGUCAAAGUAAA